AUGCUAUUGAUGUCAAACCUGCUCCUGUGGGAGAAGGUGGACUCUGCAUCCAUAAAUGCCAGUGCAUUGGGCAAUGGUGAGGUGCACCUCAAAGAACUCUUUGAUGAUGCCAUUAUAAUGUCUAAGAACAUCAGUGAGAUGGCGACAGAAAGUCGCAGGCUAUUGACACUAGAAUUACUCGAAAAGCAAGAACUCAUGGUCAAGACUUUCAACAGCUGCCACACAUUUUCACUCAAAACUCCAGAAACAAUGGAGGAAGCCAAAAAUAUUUCACGUGAAGGCUUUCUGAAAAUGAUACUCAGUAUACUGCAUGCCUGGGACGACCCUCUGCACCACUUACUGAUGGAACUCGAUGCUCUACCAGGAGCCCCUGAUACUGUGCUAUCAAUAGUUAAAGACAUUGAGAUAAAGAACAAAGGGCUUCAGGAGCACAUCAUGAGGAUGCUCAGCAAGGUUCAUCCUGGAACUAAAGAAAGUGAAGACUAUCCUGUCUGGUCAGGGCUUGCGUCAUUAAAGUCAGCUGUAAAAGAAUCACAGUUUUUUGCUCUUUAUAAAUUGUUCUACUGCCUGCAUGUUGACACAGAUAAAGUUGACACUUUUCUCAGACUCUUGAGGUGUGUGCAUGUUCGUGGUGACAUUUGCUACGACUUGGAGGAUCGAGAUGCAUUUUAA